UUUUCACAUAUGUAUAUUUUAACUUAACUCUUGUUUGUUUAUUAUUUACACGUGUAAUUUUAUUGUUUAAGUUAUUUUUAUAAAUAUUUAUUAUAUAUAUUAUUUAUUCAAUUAAAAUAUAAUAUGAGUCCUCACAAAAAGUAUUUAAAAUAUCAGCAAUACAGUCAAAUUUCUAUUGGUAAUGAAAUCUACAAAGAAAAAGAUGCUGUAAUUAUUAAUGGGGAGAGUGGUAAAGAAAUUGCUGUUAUUAAACAUAUAUAUGCGUCUCAUGAUGAAAGUUUGCUUAAUGUUGGAAAAUACAUAUUUGCAAAAAAUUUAAGAAAACUUUUUGUGAAACAAAAGCUGAACUAUGAUAAAAAUAAUGAGGUUGUUCAAGAUAUGACCAAAUGUUAUGAUGUAUCAUUGAAACAGGUUUUAAAAAAAUGUAUCUUGGCAUUUCCUCAUAUUAACGAUGAAACUUAUUACACUGAACAUAAUAAUUUGGAUCUUUCUGACUUCUUUUCUUGUCGUUAUUACUUGAAAGAUAAUUUUUUAUUUCCACUACACAGCCAACAAACUGUCCUCCAUACUCCUCAAGGCAUUACAGAGAAAUAUAGUGAUAAAUCAAUGAAUCCACCAGUAACAGAAGUAAAUAGUAAUAUAGAAAUUCAUUUUAAAAAUGAUUAUUUUUCUCCCACCCAAAGAAAUCAAGUUAAACGGAAUCUCAACAAAUCUUUUGGAAAUUCACCUUCCUCUAAAGAUAAAUCUAUACUUGAUUAUGAAAUACAUUCUCUUUCUGAUGAUGAUGAUGACAUUGAACAAACUACUAUCAAUAAAGAAAACCAUGUUACAACUCCUGUUAAAGUUAGAAAAUCAAAUAGAAAUAUUAGCAGAAAAUCAUAUGUGGAUUAUAUUUCUCCAAAGAAAACACCAAGUAAAAGAAGACUCAAAUCUGUUAGCUCAGAUGAUGAUGACUGGGAUCAAAUAAUGAAAAACAAAGUAUCUAAAAACACACCCCAAAAGACAAUCAGAGGUAGUAGGACAACUCCUAGAAGAAAAACUAAGCCUCCCCAACGUUAUGUUGAACAAAUAGAAUAUUGUCAAAGAACACCCCGAAUCACACCAGCUAGAAGAAGUUUGAAAUUGACUAAGAGUGACGAAGACCAGUCUCAUAUAACUACAAAAAGUAUCAAGAACUUGGAUAGCUGUAACAAAAAGGAUAAUACUAGUAAAAAUUUGGACGAAUCAUUGAGAAGGAAUGUAUUUAAAAAUUCUUUGAAAAAAACUGACGAAAAUGAUCAAAACUCCAAAUUGAUCAAUUACGACUCAGACAAUGAGGAUGCAGAUAACAACAAAGAGACAAAUUUGGAUAACUCGAAUCCUUGUAACAUUAGAAUUAUUUUGAAAAGAUUAAAUUUAAGUACCGAUGAUACUAAUAACACAGAAUCUUCAUCAGUAAGCGAUAAUGAAGAUCAGAGUACGCCGAAAAAAAGGAAACCUACCAAAAUUAAAGCGGAAACCCCUAAAACGCCCAAGAGUUCUAAAAAGCCCCCCACAAAAUCUAAGUGGGAGGUUAAAAGUAGUCCAAAAAGUACCCCCAAGACACCUAAAAAUAGAGCCAAACUAAUAAGAGAAGGAAUUGUUACUCCAUCUAUGCAAAAAAGAAGUAAAAAGAUCCAAGGAAAUACCACACCAUUAAUGCAAGCCAGGGCACAGUUACAUGUGUCUUUCGUUCCAGACUCGUUACCUUGCAGGGAGAAGGAGUAUUGUGAUAUUUAUAAUUUUUUAGAAGGGAAAUUAUUGGAUGGUUGUGGAGGUUGUAUGUAUAUAUCCGGAGUACCGGGUACUGGAAAGACAGCUACAGUGACUUCAGUGAUCAAUCACUUACAAAACAUUAAACGUAUUCCGAAAUUUAAUUUUAUUAAUAUAAACGGCAUGCGAUUAACUGAACCCAAACAAUCAUACGUGGAAAUUUUAAAACAACUCAAAGGUAAAACGGUACCGUGGGAACAAGCUCAACACACUUUAGAAGAUUUAUUUGUCAACUGUAAAAAAAUGGAACCAACAGUUAUGUUAAUAGAUGAGUUGGACAUUUUGUGUACCAAACGUCAAGACGUGGUCUACAAUUUAUUAGAUUGGCCUACAAAAGCUAAAAACCAAUUAGUUGUAAUAACGAUAGCAAACACUAUGGAUCUACCUGAAAGAUUAUUGAUGAGUAGAGUUACCAGUCGAUUAGGAUUAACCAGAUUAACUUUCCAGCCGUAUACUUUUAAACAAUUACAAGAAAUAGUAACUAAAAGACUUAGUGGAACAAAUAGUUUUAAUCCGGAUGCAGUUCAGUUUGUAGCUAGAAAAGUUGCUUCGGUUUCUGGCGACGCUCGAAGGGCAUUGGACAUAUGCAGAAGAUCUGCAGAAAUAGCAGAAGCCGAAGGUAAAACACAAUCAGUCGGAAUGAACCACGUUAAUGAAGCAUUAAACGCUAUGAUCACUCAGCCUAAAAUAUUAGCGAUUAAAUGUUGUUCUAGAUUGGAACAACUUAUUUUACAAUCUAUAGUUGCUGAGGUGGAAAGGACAGGAGUGGAAGAAACAACAUUCAGGGACGUUUAUCAGAUGAUGAUUACAUGCUCAGCCAUUGAGGGAUUCAAAAUGGUAUCUUCUACUCUAGUCCAAAACGCCAUAAUGAGGUUGAGCGCUUAUAGAUUAAUUUUAGCUGAACAAAAAUGUAACAAUAUUUACCAAAAGAUUAUUCUUAACGUUAGUAACGAUGAUAUAUACUAUGCUUUACAAAAAAAUUACAGCUAGUAACGUUGGGUUUAAGUCGUAAUUGAGGACCAGAGCAAGAAUUUCUUAUAAAAAAAGUUUUAACAUACAGUUAAAUAUGAAUUUUACACUUUAAGACUGUUUUAACGAUUAUAAUUUGACAAAUGUGAUUGAAUUUAUCUCAUUUUUGUUUUACAAUUUAAAACGUUUAUUUGACUAAUUCAAUAAAUAAAAGAAUGUUAUAAUAAAUAAA